AUGGACUUAACCCCACUUGGGAAGACGAGAAUAGGUGGGAAGAAGAGAAGUCUUCGCGCCGCCUUCGCCCGAAGGACACAACGACAAGUUUCCUUAAUGGUUUUUGUCAAAUGGAUACAGGGGACAAUGUGCAACUUAUUCUGUUGGAAUAUCUAUAUACACCAUUCUUUGUCCAUCUUGAUGACAAAUGAAAAUGAAGCGUUUGUUUUUACUUCAUUCCUGUUUUCUUUUAUCAACAUGUUUAGGGAAAGUCAUGAGUCAUUCUUUUCACAAUCCCAUCAUCAAUAUUUCUCAGAUGGACGCCUUGCCUUGCUACAAUUUAAGCAUCAAUUUAGUAGUACUGGAUCAUCAUAUGUAUCAACUUGUCGCGCUGCUUAUUCAAAGACUUCAUUAUGGAAUGAAAGUUCAUCAGAUUACUGUAUAUGGGACUGCGUUACAUGCCAUGACUCUACUGGUCAUGUGAUUGGUCUCGACCUUACUUGCAGCCAGCUUCAAGGCACAUUUAAUCAGAAUAGCAGCCUUUUUCAACUUCAUCAUCUUCGUGUGCUCAACCUUGCUUUCAAUAAUUUCUCAGGUUCCUUAAUCCCAGCUGAAAUUGAUUGGUUGAAAAACUUGGUGCAACGCAACCUUUCUUUCUCUUCUUUCUCCGGAAGAGUACCUUCCAAUAUUUCCUACCUUGUCAAUUUGGUUUCCCUCGACCUUUCUUCUAUGAGUCUUCAACUUGAUGAAAUGACAUUCACAAACGUCCUUGGUAACCUCACCAAACUAGAGGUACUAUCUCUGUCCUCUGUCAACAUCUCAUCUAAGAUGCCUUUGAAUGUGUCUUCUUCUUUGACAUAUCUAGAUGUUCAAGGGACUGAAUUACUCAACGAAUUUCCACUCAGCAGCUUCAGUUUCCCAAACUUGCAAACGCUAAGUUUAAGUAGCAAUCUGAAUCUCUAUUUGGAUUUGACUAAGUUUAAUUGGAGUAGUGUUAGUUCUAGUCUGUUGGAGUUGGAUCUGUCUUACACAAACACCACAGGAAAUUGCCAGAUUCUCUUGGAAAUGUCAAGUCUUUAA